CUGGAGCGUCGCGGCGGUCGACCAGUCGUGGAGGGCGUGUCGUGCGACACGAUGGCCGCAGUGUUGCCAGCGGUCGUGGAGCAGCUCCUAAGCGAGAUGGCCGCGGCGGUGCAGGAGAACGCGCGAAUGUUCUCAAUCUCCCCUCAAGAUGUUCGGAUGAAUGAAGUGUGCUAUCAGUUUCACCUUCCUGAAGACAUCUCUAGAGCCUUCUGACUUGCUUAAUAUGGACUGGCUAAUCUCUUGGCUGUUUCCUGAGAUCUCUCUUCACCAUUAUUAUCUGGGAAUUCUCUGUAUCUAUGUUGGGUGUUAUGUUCCUGAUGAAUAUCUGUUAUCGCUGAAGUUUCUCUUUGGCUCAUCAGCCACCCAGGCCUUGGACCUAGUUGAUCGACAGUCCAUCACCUUAAUCUCAUCACCCAGUGGAAGGCAUGCUUACCAGGUACUUGGAAGUUCUGGUAAAACAUACACAUGUUUGGCUUCUUGUCAUUACUGUUCAUGUCCUGCAUUUGCCUUCUCAGUGCUACGGAAGAGUGACAGCAUCCUGUGCAAGCAUCUCUUGGCAGUUUACCUUAGUCAGGUUAUGAGGACUUGUCAGCAGCUAAGUGUCUCCGACAAGCAGUUGACUGACAUAUUAUUGAUGGAGAAGAAACAAGAAGCAUAAAAGGACUGCAGGAGGUGCUAUGGGUUGGAGCCGUGGGCUGUGGAGGGUUUGCGUAUGAUUAGAAGCCCUGUACAGUCUUCUGAAGAAAAACCCUGAGCCAGUCUCUGAGGUGCUUCGGUAAAAAAUGUCCCUGGAUGGAAUCAAGAUUUUAAAUUCAAAUAAAGCCUAAUAUCAUGUUGUGUCCACA